AUGAGUUCGAUUGCCAGAGAGAUCCAACCUAUGAUUGAAAGCAUUCCAGAGAUGCCAAUUCAUGCAAUUCAAAGUCAACUUCUUAGGAAUCAUCAGCUAGAAACAUCACUACAUAAGGUCAUCAGAGCCAAGAGGAUAGCAACUACCAGGAUUUAUGGUGAUUACCAAGAACAGUAUGGUCUGCCAAGGUCGUACUGUGAUGAACUACUGAAAGCCAACCCAGGUAGUCCUACAAGGCAGUUUCGCAGGAUUUAUGUCUGUUUUACCUCUGUGAUGAGAGGAUUUAAGAUGAUUGGAAGACUGUUGCUGGGUGUCGAUGGUUGUUUUAUGAAAGGACCAUUUCUUGGACAGAUCUUGAGUGCUGUUGGUAUAGAUGGGAACAAUAGCAUAUAUCCAGAAUAUUUGCAAUUUGUAUUACAGGGUCUGAUUCCAGCUACGCUAGCUGUUUUUCCUAAUGGUGAGCAAAGAUUUUGUUUGAGGCACAUCCAUGAGAACAUGAAAUCCAAGUGGCGUGGAGAUGUUUAUAAGAAUUUGCUUUGGUCAGCCGGAAGGAAGACAUCCAUUCCAUAUUUUAACAAAGCUAUGGAAGAAAUUAAGACAAUAGAACGAGCUAUGUAUGCCUGGCUGAAUGAGAUCCCAUACACCGCUUGGUCAAGAGCAUAUUUUUCUGGAAGAGCUAAACGUGAUAUGUUGCUGAACAACAUAUGUGAGGUUUUCAACAGACAAAUCAUAGGAGCAUGGGACAAGCCGAUUAUCACAUGCUUAGAAUUCAAUAGGGAGUACAUAACCAAGAGGAUAGUGAAUGUAAAGAAAUUGCAGGCAAAGUGUAUGGGGCCACUGAUACCACAUGCCACUGAGGUCUUCGAUAAGAUCAAGAAACAUGCAUCUGUAAUGUCUGUUUUAAUGGUUGAUACAGACAAGUAUCAAGUAACAGGUCCAAGAUCACAGUGUGUUGUGAAUAUUAAACAUAAAACUUAUGCAUGCAGGAAGUGGGAUUUGACAGGGAUGCCUUGCAAACAUGCAGUUGCAGCCAUAUGGGAUAUGUCAAGGAAUAGCAUUAAUGCUGGUAUACCAGAAGAGUGGGUUUCUGAUGUGUAUUGGUUGUCAACAUGGAAGAAUGUUUAUGAGAAUGUGAUAGAGCCAAUCAAUGGGCCGAAUAUGUGGACUCCUUCACAUUGUCCAACAACACUCAUCCCACCAAAGCAUCAUACACAAGUUAGAAGGCCAAAGAAGAAACAAAAGAAGGCAUUUGGUGAAAAAGAGCUUGAGAAGGAGUUCGACAAAGGAGGUAAACGACCAGAAAGGGAACCACCACCAAGUGUGGUAAAUGUGGAAACCUGGGUCACAAUGUCAGGAGCUGGAAAGGACAAGGGGGUGAACAAUCCACUGCUUCAUAGGAAUGACACACUGCCAGUCAAGGUGCCCCAAUUGACAAUCUUUAUAAGUGACGGAAGUUUUUGUGGUUUGUAG